AUGGGUAGUAAAAAGGUGAUGGAGAAGGAAAAGAUGCCAGAAAUUGAAGUUGUUGAAAGUCCUACAAGGGGAAGAAAGCCUAAUCCAAAUGUUGAGAAUAAAACACCACCACCGGUGAAGGAGUAUGUUCCCCACCUCCCUUAUCCCUCAAGGUUGAAGAAUGAUCGCACAAAUGAAAAAUUCAAGAGAGUUCUGGAUUUGUUGAAGAAAUUGCACAUUACUGUACCAUUUGUUGAAGCCUUGUCUCAAAUGCCAAAGAGACUUGGACUUAGUGACCUUAAGCCAACUAGGAUGACUUUACAACUAGCCGACCACUCCAUUACACAUCCUAGGGGAAUCAUAGAUGAUGUGUUGGUUAAGGUUGACAAAUUCAUCUUCCCGGUAGACAUUGUGAUUUUAGAUGUAGACGAAAAUGUUGAAGUGCCCCUCAUUCUUGGUAGGUCACUCCUAGCCACCUCCCAAGCCCUCAUUGAUGUUAGCAAUGGUAGAAUAACACUUAGGGUUGGGGAUGAGGAAGUCAUGUUUGCUUUAUCCAAUACAAUGAAACAUCCUUCUACUUUUGAUGAUACAUGUUAUUUUCUUGAUAAAAAUCACUCACUUGUUGAUGAAUGUGUGCAAGAAACUUUGCACAAAGAACCUUUCGAGGAGUCAUUGGAUGACCCUUACAUUGAAGAGACUACCUUUGCUUACACCAAUAUCGACUAA